AUGUUUCUCCAGCGCACUGCCUUCGCCGUUGCAAGGCGCACGCCCAUCAGGGCCAUCGCCAAGCGCCCGUUCUCCUCGUCGAUUAUCCGCUGCGAGAAGUCGAAAUACGAGGUCGACAAGCCCGGCAAGAUCGUCUCCUUCGAUGAGGUGAAGACGGAAGAGGACCUCCUCCCCCCUGGUGCUAAGCCCGGAACCAUUCCUACCGAUCUCGACCAGGCCACCGGUCUCGAGCGUCUGGAGUUGCUCGGAAAGAUGCAGGGCAUUGAUAUCUUUGACAUGAGGCCUCUGGAUGCCUCCCGAAAGGGAACCCUCGACAACCCCAUCAUUGUCAACGGCGCCGGUGAUGAGCAGUAUGCUGGAUGCACUGGCUACCCCGCUGACUCUCACGUCGUCAACUGGCUGACGGUCUCUCGUGAGCGCCCUAUCGAGCGCUGCAUGGAGUGCGGCAAUGUCAUCAAGUACAACUACGUUGGCCCGGAGGAGGACCCCCACGCCCACGACCACGGCCACCACCACCAGACCCACGAGGACCCCAAGACUUUCGCCGACUACGUUAAGCCUGAGUACUGGUACCGAUAA